GCUGCAAGUGGACUUGUAGUGUCUGUCUCACAAUGAUUUUUGUGGAUUAUAGCUAACUUUUAUCGCCGGGAGUAAAAGAAAAGUUGUUGGUUGUAGUGCUCGCGUGCCUCCGAGAUGGCGGGCCCGCUGCUGGAGUUUGAGACUGAGAUGUUUCUGAGUCUGUUCGGUAGUGACGGGCUGCUGGUCGUGGCGGAGGGGAUGGGGAUAGACCGCAUCCUGCUGCAGUUCAUGCGGGUCUACUCGGAGCAGGACAGCCUGGUCCUUCUGCUCAACACCACCACACCUGAACAGGAGUAUUUCACAGAGCAGUUGCGAGCGGAGGGUGUGACCCAUCUGCCCAGGACAGUGACCAGUGACGUCAAUAGCACGGAGCGCUAUAAUGUUUACACUGAGGGAGGAGUGCUGUUUGUCACCAGCCGGAUCCUGGUGGUCGACUUCCUCACUGAUCGCAUCCCUGCUCACCUCAUAUCAGGCAUCCUGGUGUAUCGUGCCCAUAAAAUCAUCGAGUCGUGUCAGGAGGCCUUCAUCCUCCGCCUGUUCAGACAGAAGAACAAGACCGGCUUCAUUAAAGCCUUCACCGACAAGGCCACGUCCUUCUCCUCUGGUUUCUGCCAGGUGGAGCGUGUGAUGAGGAACCUCUUUGUCAAGAAGCUCUACCUGUGGCCCAGGUUUCAAGCAUCAGUAAACUCAGCGCUGGACAGUCACAAGCCAGAGGUUGUGGAGCUCCAUGUUUCAUUGACGCCGGCUAUGAGGGCCAUCCAGAGCUCCAUACUGGACAUAAUGAGCGCCUGUCUGAAGGAGCUGAAGCGCUACAACCCCACCCUGGAGGCAGAGGACCUCUCCCUGGAGAACACGUUAGGCAACGCUUUUGAAAAGACCAUCCGUCACUAUCUGGACCCUUUGUGGCACCAGCUGGGAGCAAAGACCAAGGCCCUGGUCCAGGACCUGAAAGUGCUGAGGGUUCUCCUGCUCUACCUCACCCAGUACGACUGUGUCACCUUCCUCAAUCUGCUGGAGUCGCUGCGCUCUAGCCAAAAGAUCUUCGGAUCCAACUCAGGGUGGUUGUUCCUCGACUCCAGCACCUCCAUGUUCAUGAAUGCCAGAGUUCGAGUGUACCGCUACCCUGAGAGCAAGAAGAAACUCAAAGUGGGAGCAGAGGCAGAGAAACAGAAGUCCUCCUCUGCUUCAGAGUUGAAGCGGGAGCUGGUGUUGGAGAAGAGCCCAAAGUGGGAGGCUCUGACUGAGGUACUGCAGGAGAUUGAGAAGGAGAACAAGAGCCCUCAGCAUGAACCAGGUCGUGUGCUAAUCUGUGCCAGUGAUGACAGGACGUGUGCCCAGCUGCAGCAGUACAUCAGGCACGGCUCUGACUGGAUGCUUAACCGACUUUAUGCCCGCACAAUUGGUAAAAGUGACUCUGCGGCAGCUGCAGCUGCUGCCUUUGAACUCGACACACAGAAGAAGGGCAACGGCUGGCCUAAAAAAGGAGCCAAGGGGAAGGAGCCUGCACAGAAAAAAAAGCCCACAAAGAGUAAAAAAAGGCCCUCCCUGACCCUGACCCAGAUGAUGGGGAAAGAGGAGACAGGUGAAGCAGCCGUGAUGGGCAGCAGUGGAGAUGAGGAUGAACUGAUGGGGGAGGAUGGAGAGGAGGAAGAACAGCUGCAGCUGGAUUUGUCAUCAGAUGCCUACUAUGGUGUCCUGAAGGAGCCUCUGACUGUUAUUCACCCACUUAAAGGCCUCACUGACCCACACAGCUUGACGCGAGUGCUGCAUGAGGUGGAGCCCAGCUUUGUGGUGCUGUACGACGCUGAAAUCAGUUUUGUCCGCCAGCUGGAGAUCUACAAAGCUAGCCGGCCCGGAAAGAUGCUGAGGGUGUAUUUCCUUAUCUAUGGAGGCUCGACGGAAGAACAGAAGUACCUGACGGCGCUGUCGAAGGAAAAGAAAGCCUUUGAACAUCUGAUCAGGGAAAAGGCAACUAUGGUUAUCCCAGAAGAGAGGGAGGGGCGACAAGACACUAAUUUGGACCUUGCUAGAAACUUAGACCCCGCCAAUGCCACCACCAACACCUGCAAUGCAGGAGGCCAGGAGCAGCCCAAAGAGCCCUCACGAGUCAUUGUGGACAUGCGGGAGUUCCGCAGUGAACUGCCUUCCCUGCUGCACCGUCGUGGGCUGGACAUUGAGCCCGUCACCCUGGAAGUAGGUGACUACAUCCUCACCCCGGACACAUGUGUGGAGCGCAAGAGUGUCAGCGAUCUGAUCGGCUCAUUGCAGAGCGGCCGCCUCUACACCCAGUGUCUCUCCAUGACGCGCUACUACAGAAAACCAGUGCUUCUCAUCGAGUUUGACCCAGCGAAACCAUUUUCCUUAAUGGCCCGAUCGGAUUUCCGUCAUGAAAUAUCGUCCAACGACAUUUCUUCAAAACUCACCUUACUCACCUUGCAUUUCCCUCGGCUCCGUAUACUCUGGUGCCCGUCCCCACACGCCACAGCUGAGCUCUUCCUGGAACUGAAGAAAGGUCGCCUCGAGCCCGACGCCGCAGCAGCUCAGGCAGUCACAGCCGAGUCAGACACAGUGGCUGAAUCGGCAGACCUCUACAACCCCGGACCUUAUGACUUCCUAUUGAAAAUGCCUGGGGUCAAUACGAAAAACUGUAGGGCACUUAUAAAAAGUGCAGACAGCCUGGCAGAUUUAGCCAAAUUCAGCCAGGAGACGCUGGCAGAAAUACUCGAGAAUGCUACCAACGCUAAGCUGCUGUAUGAGUUUCUGCAUAAUGUCGCCGACGUCUCUGCUCCUGUGCAGAAGGCCAAACAGACAUGAUAGACAGUUAACAAAUUUCCCCUGGAGGGGUUAAUGAGGUGUGCUUUCACCUUCAUCUGACUUAUGUAUGUAAGUACAUAUUAGUUUUGCAUUAUAAAGUUAAGAUGGCAAUGGUGCUACUGUAGAACGAUGCAGACUGAAUUCAUGUGUUACAUUUGUACAGUACAAGAUUUUGUCAUCAAAAGUGAAAUAUGUAUUAUAUUAAUGUACAGAAUGAACUGCUUUUUCUAUUGUAAUGUCUAGGUUAUUCUGAAAAUUUAACAUUUGUGAGAUCUUUUUAAAUAUUGUGGCGAAAAAUAAUA